UUGAUGUCGAGAAAACAAACGAAGAUAUGAGCGACAUUGAGUUUUUUUUGCGGGAGAACAAAAAAGUGAAAAAAUACUCAGACUUUCCUACGUCCCCCUGGUCACCCGGGUAUGUGUAUCUGUCUGAACACGCCCUAGUUGACACCCUCUGGGCGAACGAAGAUACCAAGCAGCUGCUGGAGCGUAUUCUGCCUCUCGACAAUCCUUCCAAGACUGCAAUGUUUGAGUGUGUACAGGGAACAAAAGGGGUUUUGAUUCAGGCUCUCUUUUGUGACAUUGGAGGCGAUCGCAUGGUUCUUGGAUAUCGAGACAAAGUAUCCCUGCAGUCACAGGACAAGGAUCUAACUCGGUUCAAACUCAAAGGAACAGUUUCUACCAACGGUCUAGUUCUGAAUCUACUUGCCUAUGACACAACCCAGACGAAGAAGAGACAGCAGCAGUCUGACGUAGAUGAAGAAGACCCCAGCCAAGAACUGGAGCUUUCUCAGGGAUUUCUCAACACGACGUGUUCAGAGGCGGCCGGUGAAGACCUAACAGAUGAAGACUACGCAAACAUAAACUGGAAGAGGAGCUCCAAACUGCUUGAAAACGUUGAGCUCACAUUCAACAAACCAGGGCGAUGCCCAUCCGUAAACACCACAACUAUCGUCGGAUGUGAUACUGGUAUUGUUAACGCCCUUACGUUUUCCUCCCUGGAUCCUCACAACCCUAACUUGCGGCAAAAGGUAAAGGUGAGAAGCAGGUUCUUGUACCUCCCCGUCCUCCGCUUCAAUCACCUGUUGAACAAAAGGAAGCGUGAAAAAGGAAUGAUUGAGGUUGAGAGCGCCAUCCCUGUGUUUGGAAGGGAUACGUACAAUGAGUACUUUCAAUGGAUGAACGAGGAGUCCCAGACACAGAUAGGAUCAAAGAAUUUGGAUGUGCUUCAAGAAUUCUACGAGUCCAGCUACGUUCGACUACGCGGUGCAGCGAGUGUUGAAGAUGCUCGGGGAAAAGGGGUGCUUUUCGUCGGCCUAGGGUCCGUUGAAAGUAGUAAAGGAGUUCCCAGCAAGCACACUGCUAUAACGAGACACCUUGUCACACAGGUCAAAGCACGAGGACACUUCACUGUAGGGGCGCACGAAUUUUACACCAGCGCCCGCUGUCCCCGACCUCUCUGCGAUAGCUUUUUAGAGACGGUGUACCCUCGCUCUAAAUAUUGCUGGACAUGUAAGGUAUUCUUCGACCGUGACGCAGUAGGGGCGGAAAACAUCGCAAGAAUCGGUCUUGCUCAAAUUGAGAGGCAAGAGAGGCCUGCAAAGUACAAGCCCACGGAAGAGUCCCUGCUCCGGCUGCAAAGCGCGCACGACGCUAGACACAAGUAUUUGGGUGCCGGCACACCCACAAAAAAUUUGUAA